AGGAAGAUUGGAAAAACUGUGAUCCGAAUGGUUGAUCAUCGACGACACAUGUGCAUAACUUUUAGUUGAUCGCUAUUGUUGAUAGAACUUAUCGUUGUAGUAAUUAAUUGUAAUAAUCGAACUAAAGCGUUUUGUGUGUGUUUAACCGGCAACUAACGUCAUUUCAGCCGUUAGUCCCACCGCUGCGAGUUAAUACUGAUAAAUUAUAUGCUGGCAAGAGUAAGCCUUUUAAAAACAAUAUCUAGGUACCGACCAUCAGUUUUUGCCCUUGAUCAAGUCAACCAUUCCCAUACUCAAGUAAACAUGGAUAAGUUUUCGCUACCAGAACGAUUCUUAGGAACCGAGAAAUCUGUUUGGGUGGAAUAUAUUCAACUUGCACUCCAACACAAACCACUAAACCUUGGACAAGGAUUUCCUGAUUUUCAUGCCCCAGAAAAUGUUACAAAAGCAUUAGCUGCAGCCGCAACUUCUGACAAUCCACUAUUGAAUCAGUACACUAGAGGUUUUGGUCAUCCAAGAUUGGUUAAUAUCUUGGGCAAAUUAUAUUCCAAAAUCCUGAACCGAGAUCUUAAUCCCAACACGGAAAUCCUGGUUACUGCUGGCGCAUAUGAAGCACUUUUUGCUUCCAUUCAGGGGCAUACAGGUCCUGGUGACGAAUGGAUCGUCAUUGAACCUUUUUUCGAUUGCUACGAACCCAUGAUCCGAGCAGCUGGUGGAACGCCUAGAUUUAUUGCCUUAAAACCUAACAAAACGAGUGGUAAUUUAACAUCUGGAGACUGGGUCUUGGACAAUAAAGAAUUGGAAGGACUUUUCAAUGAAAAAACUAAAGGAAUCAUCGUUAACACACCCCACAAUCCUACUGGCAAAGUCUUCACACAGCAGGAAUUGCAAAUGAUCGCAGACUUGGCAAAGAAGUGGAACACUCUCGUAAUUUCUGAUGAAGUUUACGAAUGGCUCGUCUAUAAACCAUACCAACAUAUUAGAAUGGCUACUUUGCCUGGCAUGUAUGAACGCACCAUUACCAUUGGAUCGGCGGGUAAAACUUUCAGUGUAACAGGCUGGAAGAUUGGAUGGGCUUAUGGACCCGCCAACCUGCUCUAUAAUUUACAAGUCGUCCAUCAGAACACAGUCUACACCUGUGCAACUACUCUUGAGGAAGCGAUAGCUAUUGGUUUUGAGCAAGAAAUUGCUCGAUUUGGACAGCCAGAUUGUUACUUCCAGAGUCUGGCAAACGAUCUUUUGCCUAAACGAGAUUUCAUGGCGUCAUUUCUACGUGAGGUCGGCAUGAACCCCACUGUACCAGAAGGAGGUUACUUUAUGAUUGCCAACUGGUCAGCUUUGGCAGAUAAAGUUCAGCUUUCCGAAGAAAAAGAUCCCUACAAAGAUUACAAAUUCACCAAAUGGAUGACAAAGAAUGUCGGAAUUCAAGGAAUCCCACCCUCAGCUUUUUAUAGUAGCGAGCAUAAACACUUAGGCGAGGAAAACGUACGAUAUUGCUUCAUCAAGAGGGAUGAAAACUUACAAGAAGCAGCUGAGAUAUUGAGAAAAUGGAAAGCACGGCAAUAAAAACGUAUUCCACAAUAUAGAUCAAAUUUCGAUUUUCGAAAUACGUCAAUCAGAAAUUCGGUCUGCAGAUGUACAUGGGAUUUGGAUGGUAAUUUACACCAAUUAAAGCGGAGGAUAAAUGUAUAGCUGUAAAUAAAAUAAAAAAUUUUACCACGA